CCUGCACAGUUGAGUCGGCACAUUUAAAAAGGAUGUAUGCUAUACUUCUGUUGAUUGCGUUUUCUUACAGAGUUUGUAGUGGUCUCGAUGGAUUUGAUUCUAAUUGCCUCAAAUCACACAACCAAUACAGAUCCAAACACGGUUCUCCACCAUUUGUCUGGUCAGAGUCUCUUGCUGCACAAGCUCAGAAAUGGGCUGAUCACUUGGCAAAAACAGAUACAUUUGAACACGAUUACGAAUCGAUAAAAAAAUUUCAUCAAGGCGAAAAUUUAGCGUAUUUUACUCCGCCAAGAAGUAAGUGUAUGAGUGAUAAAGGGGAAGACUGCGUUCAGUGCUCGGAAAUGGUAGCAGACUGGUACAACGAAGUUGAUAACUAUGACUUCGAYUCUACUAAAUCCAGCAAUGGCAAACCAAUACUGCACUUUACACAGGUUGUGUGGAAAGAAACCACUGAGCUUGGUGUCGGAACAGCAAUYAGUAAUGGGCAAUUUGGUUUCAUUACUGUUGCUAGGUAUAGUCCACGUGGUAACUUUGGAUACCCUGCCGAUUACAGAAAGAAUGUGCUUCCUGCAGGAACACCUCCACCUGCKCUUCCUCCUAAAACACCUGAAUCACCUUCUCCAACACGUUAUCCAUCGACGUCUCCACCACGUUCUUCUUCGACUUCUCAAUCUACAAAUGCUGCGGGAUCGACAAAACCAACACAAGCAACCACAAAGGAAACAACGAGCUCUAAUACAGGCCCCACGUCUCAAGAAGAAGAAUGUGAAUUCUUUAUCAUCACUACAGUUACCAAAGAGAAAAAAAUUAUCCAGAAAUGCAAAGGGAAACCAAACGCAACCUAUGUCCUCGAACGUUCAACCGAAAAACCAAUUACUCAGCACUAUACAGUCCAUCAGACCACUCCAUCAACUACACCAUCAACCACAAAAACAUCUCCAGCAUCAACAACAAAAUCCUACACAACAACAACAUCAACAACAACCACAACAGCAGCUCCAGUAUCAACAACAGAAACCUACACAACAACAACCACAACAACAGCUCCAGAAUCAACAACAGAAUCCUACACGACAACAACAACAAAUACAGCACCGCCGACGUCUUCGGUGAUAACAACAACAGCAACAACCACAAGUACAGUUCCUACAACAUCAACAUCUGCACCAGCAACAAAUGAGCAACCAACAACAGUAGGUCCUACUGCUGCACCCUCAACUACAGCAGCAUCGACUGGUGCAACUACUACUGCAAUAGAAUCAACAGCAUCAUCCCCUACUACAAAAAUAUCAUCAGCUGCGCCACCAACAACCGGAGUUGUCGCAUCUAAAGCAACACCAUCAUCAGGUUCUCUAACAACAGYAUCAUCGGCACCAUCAAUUCCGSCAUCACCUGUGGCGACACCAGGAACUGCGCCACUAGAAG